AUGAUGAGUCAGCCAUCUCCCACUCUACCCCACAACAAUCGCGUGUCUCCUGACCGUCAAGCAUUGACUCCACUGGUCAGAUCCAGCAACAAAACCUUAGGCAAGUCAUCCACCAGGCAGAGCACCAUGGUUCCCAACACAGUGACACAACCAAAGAAGGCCACCAAGCAGGGCAAGCCACCAAACCAACCAGCCAAGAAGGCCCGCACAAGUGCAGGUGUCCAAUUUCAGGAACCAUCUUCUGCCCAACCCUCGGCGGCCUUGGCUGUUCAAGUAGGCAUGUCUUCAUGGAAGGAGACAACACUACUGCCGCGUCUCAAGAUGAGAGUCAAACCUCAUCUCUUACUGCGUCUACUCCGCGAGGUGGAGGGUCUCCAUUCUUCUCUCCUCCUCCUGGGAAGGCGCACAGUGAUGGCGCCAGUAAAUCCUCUCGGGGAUUACUCUGGCGAUGAUCACCGCCGUCAUUCCUCACUGGCUACUCGAAUCUGUUUCCAGAAUGUCAACGGAUUACCAGAAAAUGGCAAUGACUCCAAGCAGCAACAGAUCACCUCCUGGCUGAAGGAAGAACGAGUGGGAACUGCGUUGUUGGCCGAGGCCAAGACGUUUUGGCCUUCUAUCAAUGAAGGUCACGGUUGGAGUGACAGACUCCGCCAAGCUACGAUGAAGUCCGAGCAAAAAGGGUUUUGCUCGUUGGUAGCUUACAAUCGGCAUCAGGACAGAUCUGCUGCCACCUUGGCGGUACAAUGGGGCGGGUGCAUCCCAACCGUUUUGAACCGAGUGACGCACAGGGCUAAGGAAGCUGGCAGAGACCCCACGGGACUUGGUGGUGGUCUCCGCAUAUUGUCCGAACAAGCAAAUCUCGGUGGAUCUACAGUAUGGGCACAACACAGGCUUCACUUUCAUGCAGUGAAUCAAAAAGUUGAUCGAAGGAAAGCCUUUGUGGACAAUCUUUGCAAACAGAUUACCAAAUGGCGUGAUGAAGGAUGUGAGGUGGUUUUGGGUAUAGAUGCAAACGAGGAUGUCACUGUUAACGCACCCCAGUCUAUCCGCCACCGCUUCCGGGCCUGCGGUCUUGAGGAGGCGAUCCUACAACACCAUCCACCACAAGCGACCCACCAGCGCAACCAACGGAACAUUCCGAUUGAUGGUAUCUUCACCACUUUGGGCGUACCAAUCCUUGCGGGUGGGUACUACGCCUUUGACGAAUUCUUCAAUUGCGAUCAUUGCGGCUUGUGGAUUGAUAUUGAUCUUUCCGCCUCCUUGGGGAACUUCCAACCUCAGAAAUCCAAAUUCAAGCCACAGAAGUUGUCCCUCCAAGACUCUCGAUCUGUAUGCAAAUAUCUUCAAUUGGUUCACAAAGGUUAUGCCAAGUACUCCAUCCCGGAGAGAUUGAAUAAGCUGAAUAAGCGUAUUGACCACCUGGGACACCAAAUGACCCCUUCCUUGGUGCGCAAAUACAACUGUUUACACAGACAAAUGUAUACUGUGAAGCGCCAGGCGGAAGAGAGGUGCCCGGCCUUAGCUCCAG